GGAUGUUGUGUCAAAAAGCAAUGAGUGAUUUAUUUAACGGGCAGCGGUACAUUUUGAAUCCACAACCCAUCCCCUCUUUUUUAACUGGUCGUUCAGAACAGCACCUUUUACGUUUUUUUCGUACUGAACGCAGCCCAGUGAAUGGCGUGGAGCCUACUGGAGAGGAAAAGCUUCCUGUCAACAGCCUCACCCAGUCAUACCGGAGGGCGUAGAAGAGGGGAUGGCAGAAAACAGCUCCGAUACUUGUGGUUCCGUUUAUCGGAGGUGUUUGACUCAUUCUACCGGGGAAAAAACCCAGUCAACCAGUAACGGGGCAUCCAAAUGGGUUCGAUUGAACGUGGGGGGAACGUAUUUCUUAACAACACGACAGACGCUGUGCCGAGAUCCGAAAUCAUUUCUGUACCGACUGAGCCAGGCUGACCCCGACCUCGACUCUGAUAAGGAUGACACUGGUGCCUAUCUCAUAGACAGAGACCCCACAUACUUUGGGCCGGUACUGAACUACUUGAGGCAUGGCAAGCUGGUGCUCAACAGGGAGCUGGCAGAGGAAGGUGUCCUGGAGGAAGCCGAAUUCUACAAUAUCACAUCAUUAAUAAAGCUCCUCAAGGACAAGAUCAGGGAACGAGACUGCAAAACAUCACAGGCUCCAGUGAAACAUGUGUACCGGGUGCUGCAGUGCCAGGAGGAGGAGCUCACCCAGAUGGUGUCCACCAUGUCUGACGGCUGGAAGUUUGAGCAGCUUGUCAGUAUAGGUUACGGGCGGGCCCAGCAGUCAGAGUUUCUGCUGAUUGUGUCAAGGGAGGUGAAGGGGGAGGAGUCUACUUUCCCAAGCCACAGCGGAGAGCUGGUCAGCAUUGGAUCCUCUUAUAACUACGGAAACGAGGACCAAUCUGAGUUCCUGUGUGUCGUCUCCAAGGAGCUGCACAACCAAUCAUAUGGCCCAAACAGUGAGCCCAGUGAGAAAGCCAAGAUUCUUCAGGAGAGGGGAUCCAGGAUGUGAAUUAUCAGUAUUACAAGCACCAGGUAUAGAGUACAAUCGUGUGAGUCAUAAUACCCAUAAAACCUAGCAGUCAAACAGGGAAAUGGUUACAAUUGUUUUUCCACCGUUCAUUUUUCCCAUAGGGGAAAUUUUAGAAACACUUAAAAUAAGGGCUGUGUUUUGUGUAGGCUUACCCUGGGGGUGAUGUUUUGAUAACCGUGUAAGUCUCUCUAGGACAAGAUGACUUUUAUCAAUAUAUUUACCCACGAAAAUAUUAAUCGAAUUAACUACUAAUGUCGCUAUCAUAAAGAACAAAUACGAUGGUGAUCUGGAUGAGACUGCUGAAUCGAGGCAAAGGUAAGAGUCUCUGGAUGAACUAUCUAAUGAUGGCUAAAUGUAGUAAUAAAUUGGCAAAAUGACUUAAACUUGACUAUUCUGUGAACUGUCUUGUGCAAGUUUUUGAAAUUGACACAAUACCUGUUUAGCAAAGGUUUUCAGCUAGAGAUGCCGUGCAGGAGCUUGUAGGGAUUUGUCGUCUUGCAUGUCGUCUACUCUGAUGCUAGUUAGCAUUUUUGAAUAUGAGAGGAAAUAGAACCGACUACAUUGAUAAGUCACCUUGUCCGAGAGGGAUUUACAUGGUCAUCAAAACAUCACAUCAAGCCUAAACAAAACACGGCCCUUUAUUUUAGGUGUUUCUAAAAUCACCUAUGGGGGAAAAUGGUGUGAUUGGUGUGAAAGCGAUUUGAAACCAUUUCCCUGUUUAACGGGUAUUACGACACCUCCACUGUGGGGCUCUAUAACGAUGCAAACAUAUCCUUGACCAGGAAGAACCUGUCACACAACGGAGAAGACAGUUAAGAGGGACGUUUGUUUUUCCUCCCAUUUUAUUUGAUAAUGUAAAUACGUCUAGAGUCUUUGUGCCUGUACAGUUACACUGGACCAUUUUUGAAUUAGUGGCAAAUUUCUUCUAACUAAAAGUGAUGAAUUAUAAUGUUUUAUGCUAUAAAACAUGGCCAUGGUCAUACACGGCCAAUGAUUCACUCAGGGGCUACUUUUGAGUUUCUGUUACCUUCUCACUCCAGGAUCUGAAGGGUUUAUGAUGAGCAGUCUAUUAUCAAGCAUAAACUGCUAAAAACCUGUACUGUCAAUAGUAGUAGUAGAAGGUAAUUAAGCAUACUUAUUGAGAAAUUGGUCGCAAAAGAGACAGGGAUUCUUAAUUUUGUUUUCAAACGAGUUUAAUGCUUCCUUUUCUGGUGUGUCCUCUGUAUUUUAGAUGGGACUUUCUUUUUAAAGCAUUUAUUUGUUGGUUUAAGAUAUUUUUGAGAAGGUUGGGGUUUGCUAAUGUUUUGGAAGGUAACGGUGAAGGAAUAUAUGUUAAUAUCCUUAGGUUUGUUGAUGUGCAUAAUCGAAUUCAUAUUUAACUGUUAAACUGCACGUUUUGUACACUGUAUAGUUAAACACAACUUAAAAUGUAAGUUGUUGUACUGGAUCAUAGCUAGAAAGUCUUGACAAUUUAAAUUGAUAACUUGAGUUUUGCAAUGUUUGUACAUAGGUCUCUGCAUAUUAAGACUUGUAAAUCGAGGUUCAAAUGGUUGAUGCGCUGUUUUACUUAGAAAACACCUGAAAUCUCUUGAUAUCCAAUAAUACGGGCAAUAUACCUGGGCUCAGACAUUGACUGUUAUGUUGUAAAAAUAUGUAUUGGUCUUGAAAGGCUACACAUUCUUUGAGACAUUUUUGUAUUGUGUAGACCACAGCAUUCCAAGCUCUAGUUGGAGGAUGUGUACAUUGCUUUCCUUACACUGCAACACCGUUUUAAGGGUAAAUGCUGCAUUUCAGGAGACUUUUUAUACCAAAAAAAUAGUUUCUGACCGGAGAUGCGGUACUGCUCAACUUUUGAUAGUGUUUCCUUUUCCCAGUGAUGACCAAAUCCAAUGUCUUAUGUGCUGCUUAUACAUGAACUUUGGAACUCUGGUGGCAGGCACACGCACCCUGUAUGUGCAGCAGGAAACGCAUAUUGACCCACAACUAAUUUUACACACACUCUUUCCAUGUAACGAACAGUUUUAUAUCAUUAAAGGUGAUUGGAUGGAU